GGAGUCGGGCAGAGAAUCUCGAGGUUUCUUCUUCUUCCUCCUCCUCCUCUGCUUGAAGAGCGGGGACGUGUGCGAACAAUAAACCGUUAUUCCGUUCAGCGGCAGUGGAGCGACAGAGAGCAAAAACCCAAACAAGCAAGCAACCUCCAUGCGCCAAAUUCCUGACUCCAUGACGGCGGUGGGGGAAGGGGGCGUCGCCUGUAGCUAAACUUUCCGAAAAAAGAAGUGUGUUUAAAGGGCCAUGCCCUGAUGUCGCCGCGAAUUUUUGUUCCUUGUGGGUUUUUUUUUGGUAGAGGUGGUCUGAAAAACAGGGGAAGGUGAAAGUGGCCGUUUUUUUUUGAAAAAAAGGUGGUUGGUGUUUAAGGGUGUGACGUCAGGCGGCGGUUGGUGUGUCCAUGUUGGAUCCGGGAGCGGCCGCGAGCCAGAGCCAAGAGCCAUGAAUGGCAUCACCCGCGGCCGCUUUGAGGUUUUCUCAAGCAAUGAUGAAUCGCUAAUAAAUAAAAAGUUACCCAAAGAACUUCUGUUAAGAAUAUUUUCCUUCUUGGAUGUUGUCACUUUGUGUCGGUGUGCUCAGGUUUCCAAGGCAUGGAAUAUCCUAGCAUUGGAUGGCAGCAACUGGCAGCGGAUUGACUUGUUUAAUUUUCAGACAGAUAUAGAGGGUCGUGUAGUGGAAAACAUUUCUAAACGAUGUGGAGGAUUCCUACGUCAACUUAGCCUACGGGGGUGUCUUAGCAUUGGUGAUGCUUCUCUUAAGACCUUUGCACAGAACUGUAAGAAUAUUGAAGAUUUAAAUCUCAAUGGUUGUACAAAAAUUAAUGACAGCACCUGCAUCAGCCUUAGUAAAUUCUGCACUAAACUGAAAAACUUGGAUCUCACAUCGUGUGUAUCGAUUACGAACAAUUCUUUGAAAGCUUUGAGCAUAUUCCAAGCCUGCAGCCUCAACCAUCCAGAAGAACAAGGCAGGAUACAGACAAGGACACAAGCAAAUAUGGUGUUUUUCUUUCUCCAACAGCUGGAUGAUGACUCAUUGAAACACAUACAGGUUCACUGUCCAGAACUAGUAACACUUAAUUUGCAGGCAUGUUCACAAAUCACAGAUGAAGGAUUAGUAAGCGUUUGCAGAGGCUGCCAUAAACUCCAGUUCCUGUGUGUGUCUGGAUGUGGAAACAUUACAGAUGCUUCUAUAACAGCAUUGGGAUUGAAUUGUCCUAGACUAAAGAUUUUGGAAGUAGCACGAUGUUCGCAUCUGACGGAUGCUGGCUUUACAGUUUUAGCAAGGAAUUGUCACGAACUUGAAAAGAUGGAUCUGGAAGAGUGUAUUCUGAUCACAGACAACACGUUGAUUCAGUUGUCCAUUCAUUGUCCUAGGUUAGAAGCACUGAGUUUAUCUCACUGUGAACUGAUUACAGAUGAUGGUAUCCGUCACUUAAGCAACAGUCCCUGUGGCCAUGAAAGACUUCAGGUUGUAGAAUUGGACAAUUGUCCCCUCAUCACUGAUGUGACACUUGAACAUUUGAAGAACUGUCACAACCUGGAGAGAAUAGAAUUGUAUGACUGUCAGCAAGUCACUCGGGCAGGAAUCAAAAGAAUAAGGGCCCAUCUACCAGACAUCAAGGUUCACGCUUACUUCGCCCCAGUUACUCCUCCACCUUCAGUGGGAGGCAGUGGACAACGGCUUUGCAGAUGCUGCAUUAUCCUUUGACAUGAGAUUUUGUAUUUAAGAAAUACUGUGAAAGUGACUUGUUCUUGCACUUGUGAUCUUGGAUCUCCAAAUAGGGGAAAAGCUCUAGGAAGAAAUCACUACACAACCUGAUUUACCUAACUUUUUGUCAAUUUUACUGAAAAUAGCAAAGUUAAUGGAGUUAGGUUAGAGAAAGGUCUAAACUUGGACCAAGUGUUAAAGGGAAGGUUGGAGUGGAAUGAUAUAGUAUAAGAUCCCAUGCAUAACAGAAAUGCUUUCUUGUAAAGUCCAAUGCAAAUACUAUGACCUCACUGCCAUCCCCCACUAUUAAUGUUGAAAUGAUGACCAUACCUGAAAUCAGCAUUCAAUGGUACAGACUGCUUCACUAACCAAUUGCAUUGUGAUGUGUCAGGCAUGUAGCUGAUGAAGCCACAUUGGUUAAUUGGCCUUAGGCUUCAAUAUUGUAGUGUUUGGGAUAAUUUUAUUUCUGUACGUGUAGCUAUGGAAAGAUCUUUGUUUGGCAACAGUUAAGUUCACAUAAUUGUGAAACUGCAUUUCUUCCAUUAGGACCGACAUUCUCAAUACACAUUAGCUACUUUGAAAAAUACGUGUUGAAUAUCUUGUUUGAGCGGGAUACAAAUCAGUAAUAUGUUUUCACAAAAAAGUAAUUGGUUUUAUCUUAAGUGACUUGUGAUAUUUGACUUGAUCUGAAUAAGGCAUGAUUGUUUCUAGGAUUAAAGCCAAUUUUAAAACUAUCUGCAUAUCACAGUAAAAAUGUAAUUUUGGAAUUCUGAAUAAAAGACGAUAUGCAGUAGUCAGCACAUGUUUUCUGUUCACUUUUGCAUACGGCCACUUGUCUUUCUACAGCAGGAAUGGUGAAGAUUCAAAUGUAUUUAAUCUAAACUGAUUUAAAAGACCUUUUAUCCUAAAUCUGGGGGUGAAAAGUUUGUCAAGUAUCAAUGUAUAAAAUUCAAAAUUGACAAGCUGGAUUCUUAGCAAGUGUUUAUAGCUUUACUGUACAUCUUACCAUUAAAAUGUACAUUAAAAUGGAAUAAAGUAAUAAUUCCAAUUUCUUUGUCUAGCACUUCUCUGCAAUGAAACCUGCUGGAAUUCAAAUUUAACUUUAAAUAUAAAGGGAAGUAUGCAGUUAAAUUCAUUUUCUACAGUGAAUUAUGGGUGAUUACAUGAACAAAAACAACAGGCUUGAUAUCAAAUUAAAUCAGUGUACACUUAAUGAGAUAUUACAGUUGUAAUGCAAAAAACCAUACGCUUAUCAACAAUUUUUCUAAGUUUGUAGAAGUUUAUCACAUAUUCAGUACUUAAACUUUUUACCAUAAUUUGUGUUUAUAUUAACAAUUAGCCAACUAUUUAAAUGAUAAUCCCGGUUUAGAGAAUUGUAUUUUUUUUUGUUUAAAAAUUAGCUACUGUUAUACAUAUGAUGUGGGUUUGUUUGAUUGUUGAGUACCUCCUUGGUUACCAUGGAAGUGAGUGCUCAAUUAAAAUUCACAAAAAUCUAGAUCUUAACUGACAGCUGUCAAUUUUAUUCAGUCUGUAAAUUGAUGCAAUUCAUGUUUGAUUUUAAAAAUACUUGUUUUUGCAUCA